AUGAAAAUUGGAUUUUUGGCAGAAUUCGGUUUAUUUAUAAAAGCGUGUUUUUUUAACUUCGAAUUUGACACAGUUGAUAGAGAGUUUCUGCUAGAGAAGCUGUGGAACGUCGGAAUUAGAGGAAGACUGUAUGCAAUGAUUAAAGAAAUCUACAAGCUCACGAGUGCAGAAGUGGUGGUGAAUGGAAAAGUUUCAAGGAAAUUUGAUACUAAUGUUGGUGUGAGACAAGGAUGUGCUCUCAGUGCUAUUUUGUUUGAUAUUUUUCUGGACGAUAUUGAUGAAGAAUGGUCUAAAAAAGAAGAAGGAGGGACUGUGUUUGGUAAAACAAAAGUGAGAGCACUAAAAUAUGCUGAUGACAUUGCAAUCAUUGUUGAAAGUGCCCCAGAACUACAAAAGAUGCUAAGAAGUCUGCAGAUUUUCACAGAGAGAAAUAAGCUAAAAGUAAAUACGAAGAAGACUAAGGUGAUGGUGUUUAGGAAUGGUGGUAAAGGCAGCAAAGAUGAGAAGUGGACAUUUAAAGGAGAAAAUAUCGAAGUGGUCAACCAAUUCAAAUAUUUAGGCUACACAUUCACGUCAAAACACAGCACGAGACGGCAUGUAGAGGAAAUGGUCGGUGGCCUUAUAUGGAGUAGAAACUUGGGGAUGGCUGAACAUAAGUGCUAUGAAGAAAAUGCAUUGUCUCAUUGA